GUUCAACUUUCCUCCGAUCCUCUUACUCGUUUUUCUUUACUAAUACUUCUUCCUCGACUUAUUAUAAAUUCCCUUAACUUAUUGCCUACAAUCCCAUAACCUGUUGUCUCUUAGUCUGUGAAAUCGCUUGUGUUGCGAAUAUUCCUGUUUUUUCGGCCUUAUCCCGAUAUCCUCCCUUUUCCUACUUGUGACAUACCUCAAUAUAUCUCAUUAUGAAGGCGGUUCUACAACGAGUCAAGUCCGCGUCGGUUACUGUCGACGGACAAUUAGUUUCCAAGAUCGGUCGAGGCCUUCUCGUUCUAGCAGGCGUCGGAAAGGGCGACACAGAAAAGGACGCGGAUACGUUAAUACAGCGGAUAUUGAAAGCGAAGUUGUUCCCUGGCGAGGAUGACAAACAGUGGAAGAGGAAUGUCCAGGAUAUUGAAGGAGAGGUUCUCUGCGUGUCACAAUUUACACUCUACGGCCAAUUGAAAAAGGGCAGUAAACCAGACUUCCAUGACGCCGCUGACGUGGAGACUGCACGCAAAGUAUAUGACUACUUCUUCCGGCGAUUAGGUGAAGUCUAUAACCCUGAACGGGUGAAGAACGGGGUCUUCCAGGCAAUGAUGGAUGUCGAACUGAAGAAUGAUGGGCCGGUUACGAUCGAAAUCAACACACAAUUGCCGAAGAAGGAGAAGUCGGGGGACGAAGAGCCGUCGCAACCGGUGCAGAAGAAUAUUGAAAUCCGACUGCCUCCCGAGUUGUUGCAGUAAUGAUCAUCUUUUCAUAGUAUAUAGACGAUACCACUUUCUGUUUUCCCCUCCUUCUUGUGUGGGCUGGUAAAUAGAUUGGAUAGAAUUUGUACAAAUUAUGGGGAUUUAAUGAACGAUAUUAAUGACUGCUACUGGUAUUAUUAUAAGAUCUCUUGAGCGAAACGGCCAAUGAGCAACUUCAACGGUCUUCUUGGAAUAUAGACUACUGAUGAUGAAUAAGUGAACUGCAAGUCCUG